AAGUCUUAACCCCAUAGCCGAUUCUUCUCCCACAUCAAACGAUUCCCAUUCCUCCAUGUCACCGUCUUCUUCCUCCGUUCUCUGAGACAGUACAUGUACACACACUACAGGAAACAAUCGCCUCUCGCUCGCUCUCUCUCUCUCUCUCUCUCUCUCUCUCUCUCUCUCUCGCCGAAUCAAAACCCAUACCGAAGCCUCGCCUUCGUCAGGCUUCAAAAAUGUCGAUUCUUGUCUUCGUUUCUGCUUUUGCUCGAGGCUCUCAGCUUUUCUCAUUUCCUCGCAUUUCAAACGGAUGAACCGUUCGAGUGCUGAGCUGAACUAGUUCGUUUUUCGAUCAGUGCAUGUUGAUGAUGGUAAAGAACAGUGUUAGGGUUUCAAGGUUGAAAGGAGAGGUGCCCCGCGGGUGUAGAGAUAGUAUGUUGGCUGAUAAUGUUGAUCUUCGGAGUGGAUAUCUUCUGCCAAAAUCUUACAGUGGUGAUGUUUACAAUGGUACUGAAGUUAAUUAUGAUGAAGGCAUAGAUGACGAAGUAUUUUUGAUUCAUCAUUUUGAUGGAUUAAGUUUGAGUCCAACUUGGGAUGCUUCCUGUCAACGAAGGUCUCUGGUUGACCCAGAAGAAAUAUGUGGAAUGCGCAAUGGAGGAGGGGCAUUGAAGUAUUUGAAGGUUCCUUUGAAAAAAGAAUGGUUGGGUAGCCAAUUAUCAUCUAUAAAACAUGAGUUUUGUAAGGAUUGUGCUUUAUGUAACAGCUUUCAGGUAAGAGAUGAUAUUGGUGUGGAGAAAACAAUACAUAAAAUGAAUGCACAAAGAGAUGUAGAGGCGGCACAUGCUUUAAUGGAAAUGGCCAAUCAUGGGUCAAAUUUAUGCAAGAAUGAUUUAUAUUUGUGUGGAAAGGAGCAUGAUGUUAAAGGGAUGCUGGACAUUGAGGUAUUGAUAACUGAAGUUAAUGAAGAUGAAGUUUCUUGUAAUAUUCAUUCCCGACUUGCUGCAAAAAAGGCCAAGAAGCAUUCUGGAAAGUUUCAGCAAUCUGUAGUUGAAGAUCAGAUAGAGAGACAUAAUGGUGAAAUGGUACCCUGUUCAUUGUUACAAAAGAAGAGGAAGAGGAAACUUGAGAAUGACUUUUCUUUGCCCUUAUCCAAGCAUGCCAAUUAUAGUGGUGGGGAAGAUGAAGAUCUAUGCGAAAAUAUUGGGCUUCUGCAAGAUCAUGCACUGCCUAACAGAUUGCGUAAAGGAGAGUGGCAGAAUAAUGAAAGUUGUGCAAGCAAUGGCCAUCCACAAUUAGGAGUGCCAUUGGCAAGGAGCAACUGGAUCACAAAGAAGCAGAGAUGGAAAGCAUAUAUGAAAUCUGCCGAAGGGCCAGGCAGAAUUGAUGACCUGCACUCUAGUUUCUACAAUGUGGUUAAUGAAGAUGCCAAAUGCAUGAAGAAUCCAGAGGACUCGCCGAAAGUGGAUAUUGCAACUGGUUCUUUAUCUUGGGGAGCUAGCAAUUUACCAUUUUCAAGGGGUUCAUCCAUUGUUGAGACCGUGGAAAAAAGGGCUAUGAAGAAGCAUCAUUUCACUGUGAUCACUCCCACAAUUCAAUCUGGUUUUUCAUUUUCCAUUAUACAUCUCCUUUCAGCUGUUCGCACAGCGUUGGUUACUACACAUGCAGAAUACGAUGCUUCAGCGCAUAACGAACAUUGGGGGAACAGCAGACAUGGGUUUCAUUCUCAUCACGACAGGGGUAUCAGUGAUGCAAAACAAACAGAACAGAAGAACUUACCCUCACUCACCAUUCAUGAAAUUGUCAGGCGUGUUAGAGAAAAUCCAGGAGAUCCUUGGAUUCUUGAAACUCAAGAGCCGCUUCAAGAUUUAGUCAAAGGAAUUCUGAGGAUAUUUUCUUCCAGAACAGCGCCUUUGGGGGCUAAGGGUUGGACUGCAUUAACAUUCUAUCAAAAAGUUAGCAAAAGCUGGUCUUGGAUUGGUCCACUAAGUUCUUUUGACAUAUCCAAUCAUAAUUGUGUAGGUGAAGAGAUAUCUCCUGAGGCUUGGGGUGUUCCGCGAAGAAUUCUUGUGAAGUUGGUUGAUUCCUUUGCUGACUGGCUGAAAGGUGUUCAAUUGACACUUCAGCAAAUUGGAAGCCUUCCUGCACCACCUGCAACAUUAAUGCAAUCUACUGUGAACGCCAAGGAAAGAUUUAAGGACCUAAGAGGUCAAAAGAGUCUCACUACCAUCAACCCAAGCACCGAGGAAGUAAGGGCAUAUUUUCAGAGAGAAGAAACCAUUAGGUAUCUAGUUCCAGAGAGGACUUUUUCUUAUACGGCGGCUGAUGGAAGAAAAUCAACAGUCGCUCCCCUGAGAAAGUGCAGCGGGAAACCAUCAUCAAAGGCCCGACAUCAUUUUAUGCUUAGACCCAAUCGACCACCGCAUGUCACCAUUCUCUGUCUUGUAAGAGAUGCAGCUGCUAGAUUGCCUGGAGGUAUUGGUACCCGAGCUGAUGUUUGUACUCUCAUAAGAGACUCGAAAUUCAUUGCAGAAGAUGUUUCUGAGACGCAAAUAAACCAAGUUGUUAGCGGAGCCUUGGAUCGUCUUCACUAUGAACUUGAUCCCUGUGUACAGUUUGAUAAAGAUAGACAGUUUUGGGUUUAUUUACAUGGAGGGAGAGAUGAAGACGACUUUGAGUACAAUGGUGCUUCUACAACAAAAAACUGGAAACGUAAACAGAGGAAUGUUGUAGAGCAAUCUGUUCAAGAAAACAGUUACUGUCACUCAUUAUAGGAACUGGAAGAAACACGGGUGCAGUUUGGUUUUUGGAUAUGAUAUGAAUGUUGAAAUCAAUUUUGUUGUUUCUUUACAAGAUGGAAGAACUGCUGAUCAAUAUUUUGAAGCACGUUCCCCUUUGGACAAGGGAUCCUGCAUUAUAGUAGUUACAUAGGUAGGGAAGCCCCUCGUUUUCUUUCCAAGCAUAAAAAAUUGCCUCUGUAUGGAUGCGUUUAGGUGUGUGAAAAUUGAAGAUUUUGAUGGAAAAAUGUUCAGUUGAAAAGGUUAAUAGGGAAAGGUUAGUUGAUUCUUGUAUAUGGCAUUGAUGUCAAAUGUUCAGAGCGAAAAAUUUUUAACAGCUAGUUACGAAAAUUUCUAUAUGGACUUCA